ACGCCGCCAGUCUCUUGCCAUGGCGGCCUCUGUCUCUCUCCACCCCCAACCUCGGGCCCUAAGCACACCGAGUCGGUCCCAGCCCCAACCCCAAGCCUCCUGACCUUGGUUAGCUUCCGCUUCUCCAUCCAUGCGAGGGCGACAAUGGCGACCGCCUCCGUCGCCGCCUCCCUCCCCUUCUGCCUCCUCCUGUCUCCGCGGCUGUUCCGCGGGAGAAGGGCGGUGAGGUGGCCGCGGCCGAUUAGGGCUUCGGCGUCGAGCAACGCCAGUGACGUCGCAGGCGGGGAGCGGAAGCUGGGGGCUCUGGAGAGCAGGGUGGGAGAUCUGAGGGCGCUCGUCGCCUCCGUGCCUCCUGCUGUUGCUUCGAUCCAGAAGAGCAUUAGCCCAAAUUUUGUUGCUGGUUUCUGUGUUGGCAUUGCAUUUUUGGCUGCUGCUGCAAGGCAGGUCAUCAUUAGAAGUCGAGAUCAUGAUAAUAGAGGUUCUGUUGCUGAUCUAGUAAGGCGUGGACAGUUAAAAUCAGGGCAACGAGGGACUGCAAAGCUCCGCACAUAUGAUGAUCCUUUCAAUAAUUCAUUAGUCAAGAUUGAUGAGGGUACAUCUACUGCACAAAUGUUUGGCAAGGAGUACCGUUUGGCUCCUGUUAGGCUUACGAAGGAGCAACAAGAAAUGCAUCAGAAGAGGAGAUCACGUGCAUAUCAGUGGAAAAGGCCAACCGUGUUUCUCAGGGAAGGUGAUUCCUUACCUCCAGAUGUUGAUCCAGAUACAGUUAGAUGGAUCCCAGCAAACCAUCCUUUUGCUGCUGCUUCAAGUGAAGUAGAUGAGGAGACUGCCAAACAGAACGUCUAUCAGAAGGAUGGUGUCCCAUCCCGUGUUAAGGCUGAGCAUGAAGCUUUGCAGGCAAGGCUAGAGGCUUCAAACGCUGUUACCAAACUCCCUUCGGAUCCAAGGAGUAUGCAGCAUAAUGAGAGACCAAUGAGAUCAUCAGGCAAGCCAUCUGAAAAUCUUCAGAGCUCGAAGUUCGAUAACCAAGGUAGACAAGUGUCUAUUGAGUCUGGUAAACAUAGCUCUGAUGGAAGUUCACAAUCAAAUGGGCCGGAAGGGCAAUAAGAUUUGUGUACUUCAGCUCUUUGAUGAUAUUUGCUUUGUUGCAUAGCGUUAUCAGCUUUUAGGCUGUAGCUGUAGCUAGAGAAGUUUUGGAACAGUGUGCUUACCGGUUUACAUAGUGAGCAGUUAAUAUGGAAAUCGCUUGACGUGUUGUGAAUGGAUAUUUAUUCUGACGA